UCAGUCACUCUAUACACUAACAUCCCUGACGUCAAGCAUGGGUUUUUGCGAAUUCAAUGGUCUGGUAAAGCUGUAAUCGCUGAAAUCACUGAUAGGGCCAACAACUUCACUGUGUAUGAUGAUGUUCUUGAUGGGAUAUUCAGAAACAGAGUAGAGCUGGACAAUCAAACUGGAUCUCUGACCAUCACCAACACCAGACCUGAAGAUGCUGGACUUUAUGUAUUAUUCAUGGAAAAAGAUGAUGAAAUGAUGUCCUGUCUGUUGAACUAUUUCAUUCUCACUGUGUAUGAAGAAAUAUCAGCGACGGAGGGAGAUUCAGUCACUCUCCACUUUAAUCAGACUGAAAUCAGAGACAACUUAAAGAUAUUUUUGAAGUCUGAAACAGAAAAUGCGUUCACGUUUGUGAAGUGUGGUCUGUUUGAGAGAUUCAGAGAAAGAGUGGAGCUGGACAAUCACACUGGAUCUCUGACCAUCACCAACACCAGACCUGAAGAUGCUGGACUUUAUAAACUGGACUUUAAGACAUCAAAAGCAUUCAGAGUUUCUGUCUCACGGUUAGUAAAGAUCUUUGCUCGUCUGCCGCUUCCUGUCAUCAGCAGUAACUGCUCUUCAUCAUCAUCAUCUUCAUCAAACUGCUCACUGUUGUGUUCGGCGGUGAACGCGAGUCACGUGACUCUCUCCUGGUACAGAGGAAACAGUUUAUUGUCCAGCAUCAGUGCGUCUGAUCUCAGCAUCGGUCUCUCUCUACCUCUGGAGGUGGAACAUCAGGAUAAAAACAUCUACAGCUGUGUGAUCAACAACCCCAUCAGAAACCAGACUCAACAUCUGGACGUCAGCAGACUCUGUCACAUGUGUUCAGACUCUCAACACUGUUGUGGUUUUACUGAAGCUGUGAUCCGAUUGGUCCUCUCCGCUCUGGUGGGCGUGGCUACAGUCCUUAUUCUUGUGUAUGACAUCAGAUGCAGAAGAGCUGAACAUGAACGAACACAUAUUCACCCAACAGGCGACUCGUUUCCUCCUGGAAGACUAUUUGAGAACAAGCGUAACAUAUUGUGCUUGUCUGUCAUAAAAAGGCUGAAGAUGACCAAAUAUUGCUUAGCUCACGCUACAUUAUGUACUAUAUAA